UGUUUAGGGCUCUGAGUGUAAAUGUCAGUGUGUUCACAGUAGGCGCUUCCAUGAUUGUGUAGGGCAUCUGGUGUGGUUAGUGAAGGGCAGAACAUGGUAUUUCUUAGUUUAUCUCGUUGGGUUCGUAGCCGUGGUCCAGAUCGUUACUGGAAGGUGCAGGAAGUGCUGAAACAUGCCCGGCACUUUCGUGGAAGGAAGAAUCGCUGUUACAGCUUGGCCGUGCGAGCUGUCCGCCGAGCCUUUGUUUAUUCUACCAAGGCCAGAAGGGCUAAGAAGUGCAUUAUGAGAACGCUGUGGAUAAACAGAAUCGCUGGAGCAACUCGGGAACACGGCAUGAAGUAUCCUGCCCUGAUAUGUAACCUUGUCAAGUGUCAAGUGGCCCUUAACCGGAAAGUCAUCUCAGAUUUGGCCAUCACUGAACCAAAGACCUUUAAAUCUUUGGCUGCUUUAGCCAAGAGAAGGAAAGAAGAAGGAUUCCUUUCAGCCCUUGGGGAUGGAAAAGAACCGGAAGGAAUAUUUUCUAGAGUGGUGCAUUAUAACUAACUACGUGGCCCUUAAAAAGAGAGAGAGAGAACUCUUGUUGGAGAGAAAAAUGUUUUCUAUGUCAUUGCCUUUUUAUUUAUUUGAAGGGUAACGUUGCUUUGAAAACAAAGGUCGUUCUCCUGCUGCGACGGGCAUUUUCCAGGUCCAUAGGCUUCCUAUGUGGUCCUAGCGGCUACAUCGCUUAAUACCAGUCUUAGGUUGUAACCGCUGAGUGCCUGUGCGCCAGUGAAAUGUGCCACGUCGAGCGGGGACACCAGCCGGUAACCUCUCCUUUACAGCAAAAACAUACCAUUCCUUCGGGUGACAUGAUCUAAUUAUUUUGUUGAUUGACUACAUGUUUUGGAAACAUUACUUUCACGUUGAAAACACAGCAUUGCUCCAGGUGGUAUAAGCUUAUUAUUGUUUAUGUACAAAACCAUAGAAACAUUUGACAAUAAAACAUGAGAAUGUC